AUGAAGCAGAUCUUUGUCAAACAUAAACAGCGGCGUCACCUGUGCACGUGGCCCUUCUCCCCCUCUCACCCCCUCACCCCAGGGGGGCUCAUGCAGGUGGCCCAGCCCGGACACGGGGCUCUGGCCACAGUCAACACUGAGCUGCUGUUUGUGUUCGCUGGAGCUCUACUGGAGAUGACGGAUCUGUCCAUUAACAGCAGUCUGGGCAUUAGUCAGGGCGACCGCAGUGCAACACCUCCCAACUCGACUUCCAAAAGCAAACCGUGA